UGGUAUUGUGACGUCAUCGAUGCUAGUAUUAUUGCUAGGAAACAGUCAUGCACAACAGGCAGUCAAAAAAUGGGUUGUAUACACUCCAAGUUUGCAAAGAAAAGAAAAAAGAAGUCAAAAUAUCAAGAGCGAUGUUUGACAGAGCAGAAUGCAACACAGAGGGAAAACCGAAAGAAAUUUUCUAAACGGAAAAAUAAGAAUACAGAAAACGGAUAUGACGUCAUAAAUGUUUCAUCCAGAAAAUGUAUGCAAUCAACGUUCGCAACAGCACAAGAUGAUGUUAAUGAAUUGACUGAAUUUCUUCAAAACAAUCCCAAGGACAAAAAUGCAAUGAGAAACAUUGUAACGACGACGUCUCCCCGCCGGAAACGUGAACUGGAAUUCCGUCGCCGGAAGUUAUAUACAGUCUUCAUCCUGGCCAUACUUACCUUCCUCCAUUACAUGAGGAUGAAGGUAUUAGGUGUGAGGGUGGUGGUAUCCAGGGAAGACAUUGCGUUUUAUCUCCUUCUGCAAUAUUGAUGACUGACAGACAGCGGAAUAUCUUAGGAUCUUGCAGGAAGCCUUUAGAAAUAAAGCCCACAUCCUGAA